AUGAGUCUUUCUUCGUUCUUUUCGUCCUUCCUGCCUGUCGUACACGCAGACGCGCCGGAGGAGAAUCAAAUAAAGGGAGAGCAAGAGCAAAAAGAGGAGGAGCCCACGGAGGAAGCAGAGGCAGCGGAGGAACCGGAAGAAGAGGAAGAGCCCGAAGAUAUUCAUCCCGCUAUAAGGGAGGAAUGCCAAGAGACAGCAAAGUGCGCCCCUCUGACGAAGCAUUUCCAGCACUGCCAAGAGAAAGUAUCAGCUGGUGAAGGCUACAAGGGCGAAGACUGUGUGGAGGAACUCAUGAUGCACUGUGUCGACGCUUGUGCUGCACCAAAAUUGUUCUCCAAGCUGCGUUAG